AUGGUUACCAGAGACGAGAAGAGAGACGCCCACACGCGGGAGCUAAAUCCAAGGGGCGGACACCAGAGCCGAGCACUUUGCGCUGAGGAAAUUUACCCGGUGAAGUAUCGAAAAGCCCUAGCCCCUCCAGACAGGGUCCUCCCACCCCGGCGUGGGCCAUCCCGGCCCAGCCCUCCCGAGGCCCCGGGUACUCGCCUUACGCGCGGGUCGCGGAGUUCGAAAAGCGAGGCCUCCUCCUUCCUGGUCCCCGCCGGCUGUCGGCAGCCGCCUCUGCUGCCUGGCGGCGGCCGCGCGGGCGGCGCUGUUAGUGGGGCCGGCGCUGUUAGUGGGGCCGGCGUGUCGCGGCCGCCGCACCUGGAGGCGGAGAGCGCGGGGAGCGCGGGCCGCGGACCCGCGCUCAGCUCCGGAAACGCCGAGCCCGGCGCCCGCGCCUUGCUCAGGUGCUCCCGCGCCUCGCCUCGGCCGCCGCUUCCCCUCCGCCCGCGGGGGCGGGGAGCAGCCUACCCGCGCGGGGGAAGCCGGAGCUCAACGGCGGGGGCGGCCCAGCCGGCCGCCCUGGUUCCGCAGCAUAGUUGGGUGACUGACUCAGACCGCCGCGACUUGGCCGCGCCUGGCACCCUCGCCACCUGGCGCACCUCGGCCCCGAGGCGUCAGACCCCGCUGGGGAAGCUGCGGGGGCGCGCCCUGGAGUCCAGAGCGACAAGGGCAUUUACCCACCUUCCCGGGACGGAGAUGCCCGGGACCUUGUGUUGGCUCCUCCUGGCCAGGUCUCACUUUGUCACCCAGGCUGGAGUGUAGUGGGGCAAUCUCAGCUCAUUGCGCCUCCGCCUCUGGGUCCAAGCUAUCCUCCCACGUCAGCCUCCCAAGUAGCUGGGAUUACAGGCGCGCACCAUCAGCCAAGACAUAGUCUCAUCACUGUGUCACCCAGGCUGGAAUGUAGUAGUGAAAUCUCAGCUCUCUGCAACCUUCACCUCCCGGAUUCAAGUGAUUCUCCUGCCUCAGCUUCCUGAGUAGCUGGGAUUACAGAACUACUUCUCAAAUCACUAGUCACAUCCUGGUAGAAGUCAAGCAAUGAAGAUGGCACAGAAACAUAUCCCAAAUACUAUGAUACCAUAAAGUAUACUGUAGCAAUGCAUCUGGCACACCCUCAUUUGAACAUCUGUCUCAGAAGAUUUUGACAGAAGAUAAAACUGUCUAGCUUUUAUUUCAUUGGUUUCAUGAAAAUUUAUUUCACUGGUUUCAUGUCACAGGCCCGUGACUGUAUAAAGAGUCAUAAUCUUUACAAACACAACAAUGACUCACAGAGACAUGUUGCAAAGCUGUAAUCAAAAACACUGAUGUUAAUUUCAGAGGCCAUUAAUGGUGUUAAGAAGGAGCUUUUGUUAACCAAAUAAUUGAAUACUCCUAGUUACUUUUCAGUUCUAGUUCAGUUCUUGACACCAAAAUAAACCAUUUUCUUUACAUAGUGAAUGUAGAACUUGCCAAUAAGAACUUUCAAUACUAAACUUCUAUGUAAAACAAAACAUCUCAAAAUCAAUAAUACUUUAAUGGAAUGGUGAAGAAUUUACUUAAACACAAAGGAAUGAAAAUAUCUCUGCAAAUAUGUCUAUUGACUUUUCAAAUUUGGUGACCUCUUUCGAAUUAAUUCCCUUACCUCUGUUCCUCAUCCACAUAAAAAUGACAAAAAUGAAAGAUAAUUUUCCA